GUCUCCGUAUUCAAGAUUCCCCAUGGAUCAGAUCAGAUUCAUUUGACGGACGAUGUCGUUGGUAGAGAUAUCGCGUCAAUGGUAGAAGAGUCCGUAACGGCUCCACGUGCCCUUUCCGGCGUCGUGGUAAAUGCCCGCCCAACUGGGUUCCUCCACGCGAAAUGCACGAAACUGCACGAAACUACACCAAGCCACACCAAACCACACAAAACCAUACACAACAUUGACAACGCUACCAUUGACAGCAAGAAUGCGACAUCUUGGUGAUUUCCCAUAAUUGUUUGGCCAGCAGCAUUCUCUUCCAAUCGCUGGAUUCCAUCCAUCACGUCUUCUUAAUGUGCUUACGUUUUCCGCAUACUGGGCGAGGAUUUAACCUUAACCUCGCCUUCGUCAAAUCCUUCUCUGGCCAUGUUACAUUCGCAGGAAGCAUGUACAAUCUUCUAUUUCCACGUGUGUGACUUCGAAAUUACUUCAUAUGCCAGUCUGUCUUGAAGCCAUGAUUGUUCCAAAGCCAAGGGUUACCCUAACUCCGGGGCCUACGCCACCUCCAUAAUCCAGCCAUACGUGCAAUUUCCACCGUUAUCGCCUGGUCAACAUCGGAUGCGUUUGUCCGUUUCUCCAAUCUCGUGUGAAAGCUUACCCUAUGCCUUAUGGACUUGACAAAGUUUCAAAUAUAUGGAUACGAAGAUACUGAAUGUGCACCAGAAUCAAUACGUACCAGCAAAACAAACUUUCGCUUGCAAGUCGUCGUCGCGCUUGCAAUCAAUUAGAGUUUUCGAAAGUGGAUUGAAAGUCGAGACUUCGAUCGAUUCGGAAUAUAUUCAAGAGAAAAUAUCCUCAAAAUUAGACUCCUGAAUUUUCAAAUCGGGCACAUGGGAGGGUCUGUCGAAGACCCUUUGCUUUAGAUUGCGCUGCUGGCGGAAUAUAAUUCACCUGGGUGGAAUUCACUUUUUCAUGGCCACACAUUUUAUCAUUCGGUCGUCAUGGCAGGCCGAAGGACUUCUUACCCCAUGAGUUCCAAUCAUUAUGUGCCUAUGGCCAAUCACAAUCACGAGGCCUCAGAUUUGCAGGAUGUCAUCGAAAUGAAGGAUCAAGCAAAGGAAUCGCACUAUCUUCCCAAAACAGACCACGAUCAAGAAACCUCAUAUACUUUCCAUGCAAUCGAAAUGGAGGAGGAUCAAAGAAUCAAAUCGCAUGACUUUCCCAAGACAAGUCAUGAUCAAGAUACUUCGUAUGCUUUCCAUACGAUUGAAAUGGAAGACGAAGAGAAAAGACCAUAUCCCAUUCGAAUGGAUUCGCUACAGUCAACCCAUUCUACGAAAUCUGAGCAUUCCGAGACUGGAAGAAGUCAGACAACAAUCAGACCGUUCGACACACAAGAAGCUGUCUUGGUGGGAAGUUCGGAACCAAGUCACCAUCCUCAUGAUGGCAUUUUCUGGCGCUCACCAAUUUUGAUGGGUGGGAAUUUAUUCAUUGGAAUUAUUGCUAGUAUUGCUCACCAUGUAUUCUAUAGUUGCAUGGUAGGAAAACAAGUUGGAGACGAUUUUUCUCAACAGUGGACUUUGAGAUAUGGAACAACCUUUGCUUUUGUUUCACAAGUCUGUCUUGUAAGCUCGGUUGGAUUUGCUUAUACACAAUGGCUUUGGAAAUCCUUAUACCAUAAGGAUACUAAAGUUUCUGUCAACUGUCUUGAUGCUGCUUUUGUUGCCGAUACAUCUGUUUUAUCAAUUUUGAAUACAGAGAUGCUUUGGAAACUUAAAUUGGGGUCUUUACUUGCGGUAGUUGCAUGGACUUUACCCAUUGGCUCUUUGCUUACUCCUGGUACACUCUACGUCGUACCCAGUACUAAAUCCAUUCAUACGCACGCCAAUGUCUCUUCCCUCGAUAUGUAUGGACCUGAUCAACCUGCAAGAUUCACAUACUCGGCGCCUAUGAAUGUUACAGAUGAUAGACAGAACGAACUAUUCCUUGGCCCACGAACAAUCAUUACACGUUUAUCAACUGCCACUGCAACACAAGGAGAAAUCCUUCCAAUCAAUGCACCCUUCUCAAACGCAACAUAUGAUGUGCAAUUUUACGGGCCUAUUGUCAAAUGUAAAGAAGCUGAUUCAGCUACUGCCACGAUCAUACAAAGCCUUCGAGAUGAAUCUGUCGCCAAUAUCACAGGAUCAAUUACAGAAGUGGCAAAUUAUUAUUACGCCUUUGUUCCUAACCUAGGAAAUUAUGGCAACAGCUCAUUACCAAACAAUGGAGUUACAGUAAUUCCUCAAUCCCGACUUCAACAACCUCAGAAUGCUUCAAAUGAACUUUGGAUGGCCUACUCACGAUACACUCGGUCAAAAUCCUUCGAAACAGAAAAUCACUACACUGUCUGUACACUUCACAACGCAUCCUACAAUAUCAACAUUAAUUUUGAAGAAGGAAUCCAAACCGUCACAUCAAAAUCUCUCUCCGUCCUUAACUCAGUCCCCUAUCCCGAUAUUAACACUCCCGUCUCCAACUCACUCAUGGUUCAACAUGCAUACUCUGCUUAUAUGUGGUCAAUUGCGGAUUUGAUGGUUGGCACGAUGGGCAUCUUCCAAGCUGCUCCUGCGGCUACUGGUCUUCCAUCUACAUAUUUCUCAGAAAUCACAACGCAGAUUGCUCAUACGUCCUUACUUGGUAGUUCGGAUUUAGAUGCUUUUUUCGAACGAAAGAGUAACGAUCCAUUGGGUAACAAUAAUACGGCGGUUAGUGAUCAGAGAGCACAGGAUAUUAGUUUGGCGGGAAAUGCCACCCUGGAAGAGUUGGUGGAAGAAUUGGCCUGGAAUGUUACCUGUGGGUUUAUGAAUAGUAACUUGUUGUCUCCCAUGGUAAAUACUUCAGUCCUCUCCACAACUUCUAUAAACAUCUACGCCUACCAUUGUUCGACUCUUCUCCUAUCCUAUGGUAUAGCAAUAUUUGUAGCACUUAUUGCAAAUUCUCUGGGUGCAUACGCAUAUCAUAUAAACGGACGUUCGCAUAAUAAGAGUUUCUCGGCAAUCUUGGCAGCGACGAGAGAUAGUGAAUUUGGAAGAUUAUUACCUGGUGGAGUGAGAGGAAAGAUUCCAUUACCCGAAUGGGUAUUGGAGACGCAGUUAAGAUUUGUGGAUGUAGAUGGGGGUGGAGUUGAUGAGUGUGGAAUGGGUGGGAAGAAGGGAGGAGGGAGAGAGUUCAGAGUUGUGGGGAUGAGGAAAGGAUAUGAGGCGAGAAGGAAGGAUGAUUUGGGGGCGUAUUUCCGGAGAGGUAAUGGCUUAUGAUUUGGGAUUGGUAUGCAUGGUAUUUUAAAUUUUAACGUUUUUUCAGCGAUGGAGUUGGGGUUGGGAGGAGGAAAAUCAAAGUACAGUAUCCUGGGGUUUCUGAUACUUGCACAGGAGCUAUAGGAGUUAAUUAUCUGAGUCGUCUAGAUAGAUGGAUAGAUUCACUGUGAACUUAUGUAAUGAAAUUAAAAUGACUAAGUUGUAUAGUCUUCACGAAUAAUAUCA